GACCGGCCUACCUGCCACCGCCCAUCCCAUCCCGCGUGUACUACUUGCUACUACUUACUUCCAGUCCCCUUUUAACCUCUCCCGCGCCCAUGCUGCUGUGUACCCCCUCAUCCCCGUCAAUGCUGCGCUACAACUCCGACUCUUGACCCUUCAGCUGUGACCAUGACCUCAUGACGCACGUCUGAACGCCUCCCAAACAAGCCCGUCUCGGAACCAUGGAUGCGCGCCGCAACAGCGCUUCCGCUCCGCGCAAGCCCAUUCCGGAAGACUACCACGCACAAGACCAGCCCGAUCCCUACCGCCGCCGCUCCAAACAGUCGCAAGCCGCGCGCAUGGACCACCACACCUAUCCUGCCUCCAAGACCUCCGCCAGGUCUAAUUCGAACCGCCGCCGAAGCAAUCAUUCCUAUCCCACUGUCGACUUUACAGAGCCUCCGCAACCCGAAGCUUCCAGGGCACCGCCCGUCUCAUACAAGGAGCCCUACAAGGAGCCCUACAAGGAGCAGCCAUACAUGGGUAGUUUUGCGGCCCCUGCCCGCUCUAGGAGCCACAAGCGCUACGAGCCAGCGCCUGCACGGGUGCGGAGCAAUUCCGUCGACGAAUACAUCUCUUCUUCCUCACGGCCAUAUGAACCCGCUACUAUUCCUCCGCAAGUUAAUGUUAAUAUCCCACCGGCAAACCUAUACGAUGAUUCUCUGCUUCAACCCCAAGCUCCCGCGAGUCCGAGCGCAGACUACGGUGAGCGGGUAGUGUCUUCCGAGACCACUGGUAGCGGGCCAAAGAGGAAGGGCUCAGUGUCGAAUCGCUCGCCUCUACAAAAACUGGAAGGAGCAUUGGGUGGUAUAAACAAGGAGACGCGUCGUGCGAUGAUUGUUGAUGCGGAGGGUAAUACUGCUUCCAAACAUGCCUCGCGGGAUGCAAGUCGGGAGGUGCCAAUUGUUAAAGGGAAAUCGCGUUAUACAUCUGGCCCUGAACCAACCGGCAGCGAACGCGUGGUAAAGCCCAAUGGCAAACGUGAUACAGUGCCAAACGAUGAAUACGUGGACGCUCGGUACCCGCACAGAGGCCCCAUUGAUCCUGGCCCUUCGUAUCGACCGGAGCAACAGGAUUAUCCCGCCGCGACUUCUCGUGGCGGCUCACAGCGCAAGGCGCGAGUUCCACAAUAUGAUGGCCCAGUUCAGCACAAAAGAGGCUAUAGCAGGGACAGAGCUGCACCUGACACGGGAAAGCCGGCAAGCUUCCGCGACAGAACCGCGCAAGCUGGGCCAAGUACCGUAUACCAUGAGACGCAAUCGAGGGACUACGCUGAGCCAGCUGCGGUGGCUGGCGGCACUGGAUUAGGACUUUCGGGCAUGAACGAUCAUUCGGAAAAUGAGCGAAGCCCAACAAAGGUUGGCCGAAGCAACAGCCGUAGGCUUCAGAAACGUGGUGGUCCACCAGAGGUACAGCAAUCGAUUGGCAGUCGAGAGCCGGCCAAAAUGUCUGGAGCGCACAAACAGAUGGCAUCUGAUCGUGCAGGACAUUCUCAUGGAGCCAAGGCUGCGGCCAAAUAUGACGAGCUGGAUCCCCUCCCAGCUGAAGCAGUUAAGAACCCAUAUGCCUCAACGCCAAAGUACGAAGUCCCACCUCAAACCGCCGGUGGACAACAAGCUCGCGAACAAGUUGGUUUCAGCAGAGAAGAUCCCGCCAUGAUGGCUCCAGGGCAUGAAAAUCAUCGCCAUCUACCCAACUUGUUUCACCGGCACCAUCGUGAUGACCGGCGCUACAUGGCUCAAAAACCUCUGGAAGAAUGGAGACAUGCCGACACUGCCAAUCUGACUACGGAAGACAUUGACAUAGAUGAUGCGGCCCAGGUCUGGGCAGAGCGUUCCAGAUCUCAGCGUCGCGGGCAUGGUUCCCAAGCUAAGCCCGGUGCGUCGCAUUACGACGGCACCCACGAGCAACCUCAGGGUCAAACGCACUUUACCCCUCCGUUAUACAUGAAGUGUGGACCGUUACUUCGAUACAGGGGUAUGCGUAGAAUCUCCCGCAUGGGCCGCAGCGACAAGUGGAUUUGGAGAGGUAGUGUCAUGAUUGUAACUAUCGACAACUUCUCGUCGUACGAAAAAACGCCCACGCUGCGUCUUUUUGUGCAAUCGAAAGAGCUUAUGUCACCUCCGCCAGCAGAUCUCAGUCCUGAGAACAGCCAAGAUCUUCCGCAGGAAUACGUCGAUCCCCUUGCGGGUGAGACAAAGGUCUCACGCACCGGAAAGACCUUAUAUGUUCGUCCUGUCGAGGAUUUGGAAGCACAAGUUGAUUUGUCCCGGAGGGAAGACGACAGUGGUCUUUUUGAACUGUCUAGGAGCGCACCCUUGAAGAGGAAUGAAAUCCAGCAGCAGCAAAACGGGAGCCGUCACGGGCGGAAAGAUGGUGAAAAGGCAGGCAAGUAUCGCGAGGUCAAAGGCCACAGGCUGCUGGCUGAGAGAGGUGUGACGUUUUGGCGAUUCAACUUGGAAGUCGAGCUCGGCAAAAGCCAAGCUAGGCUGGCAUACCGGAUCAAUAAGGGUCCAGCAAUCGGGUUUUGGGUCCCUGCCCGGGGAGAGACCAUGAACAUCAUGUUCCACAGCUGCAAUGGGUUCAGCCUUAGCGUUGAUUCCAAUAUGUUCUCCGGUCCCGACCCUUUGUGGCGCGACGUGCUGAACAAUCACCAGACGAAGCCUUUCCAUGUGAUGCUCGGCGGCGGCGACCAAAUCUACAAUGAUGCUUCCACCAAGCAAACAAGAUACUUCCAAGAAUGGCUCGGUAUGAAGAACCCAGCAGCCAAGCAUUCAGCCGAAUUCACCGCAGAAAUGCAAGAUGAGCUCGAGGAGUUUUACCUUAAUCGCUACGCUAUGUGGUUCUCGCAAGGCUUCUUCGGCAUGGCAAACUCGCAGAUUCCUAUGGUAAACGUGUGGGAUGAUCACGAUAUUAUUGACGGUUAUGGUUCUUAUCCACACCACUUCAUGAAGAAUGCUGUAUUCUGUGGCCUGGGUGCCAUUGCUUUCAAGUACUACAUGCUCUUUCAGCACCAGAGUUUGGUUGACGAGACAGAGGUCGACGAACCGUCUUGGCUUUUGGGCUCAGCUCCCGGGCCUUAUAUCAACGAGGUGAGCCGGAACCUGUUCAUGUUUCUUGGAAAGAGCGUGGCAUUCCUCGGCUUGGACUGCCGUACUGAAAGGAUGCGGGAUGAGAUCCUGAGCGCGGAAACUUACUAUGCCAUCUUCGAUCGAUGUCGCAAAGAGAUCGUCAAGGGUGAGACAAAGCACCUAAUUGUCCUCCUUGGAGUGCCGAUUGCGUACCCGAGGCUGAAUUUCUUGGAGAAUGUCCUGACAUCCCGGGUCAUGGAUCCUAUAAAAGCACUUGGUCGAACCGGCAUGCUUGGUGGAUUUGUCAAUAAGUUUGAUGGUGGUGUCGAGAUCUUGGAUGACCUUGACGACCAUUGGACGGCCAAGCACCACAAGGCCGAACGUAACUGGUUCAUUCAAGAACUGCAAGAGCUCGCUUCGGAGAAAUCUGUACGCAUCACCAUCCUCGGCGGAGACGUGCACCUGGCAGCUGUUGGUCAAUUCUACAGCAACAAGAAGCUCGGCAUACCAAAGGACCAUGACCACCGAUACAUGCCCAACAUCAUCUCUUCUGCCAUUGUCAAUACACCGCCACCUGAGCUCAUGGGCGAUAUUCUCAACAAACGCAAUAAGAUCCAUCACCUCGAUGAUGAUACCGAUGAGGAUAUGAUUCCAAUGUUUACAAAUGACGUAGAUGGUAAACCACGAAACAACCACCAUCUGCUCCCUCGGCGCAACUGGUGCUCUCUUCGUGAAUACAAACCAGGCACUACUCCUCCGCUAACGCGUACACCCUCGCCCGACGGCAAGCAGCGUCCCGGAGGCCGUGGCCGUAGUCUGUCAUUCACCCGGUCGGGUGGCCCUCUCACGCGACGUUUCUCCAACAAAGGUGGUCCUCCACCAGCCAUGUACAACACGGCACCAGGACAGCAGGUCCGAUCCAACAGCGCCGAAGCCGUCCAUCAUCCCCAUGAACAACACUCUCCGCCGCUGGCUACCCGCGCGACUGGCGCCAGCUUCGACGCUGGCACAGCCACGGCACCACCACCAGCAGACCCGCCACGUCCCAACCCCUUCCACCGCGUGCCAACAGGCCUCUCACUCAAAGCCGCGCGCAAAGGCGGCGCACUCAACGAAGCGGAGCAGCGCGACGCCGGCGCCAUCAACCUUGAGGGCGGCCUCGACAUCGUGCUCAAUCUGGAAGUCAACCAAAAGGACCCGGCUGGCAUCACGGCGCCGUAUCGCCUGCUGGUUCCGGCGCUAAGCUACAGAGGCGCGCUCGACGUUAACGUGAGCAGGCGCAAGAAGAGCCUUUGGGCGGGAUUGUUGGGCAAAGGACGCGUGCCAAACGAGAGCAGAAGCGUGAGCCCUGAGAGCGACGACAGUGCCACCGCUGCCGCUGCAGCAGGUGGAAAGUACGGUGGAGAUGCAGCCCAUGCUGGAGGGCACACUGGGCGUGGCGGUCCGCACUCGCCUCCGCUUCAGGUCGAGCGCACUCAUGACCCUGUGGUGUACGGCAGUGCCCCGGUGCAGACGCAGACGCGGCGACGCGACCGCAGGCGCAGUUAUGGUGACGAGGAGCAGCCUCGGCGGCGCUACGACGACGGAGGACGCUAUGACGACGGUCGCUACGACGACGGCCGCUACGACGAUGGCCGCUAUAGGGAGGGGGGCUCAGCGUCUCCAGAGGGACAUAGUUUUGAGGAAGGGGAGGGCCGGCCACAGCAGCGGAAGAAGAAGGCGUGGAAGAUUUGGCGGUAGGGUACAUAAUACGGCGUGGGGGUGGAAUAAUACGAUGAUACCAACGAGCGGAAGGGAGUGGAGCUGCGGGAUUCUUGGACGUCCUGGUCGAGUGUUUUUUUUUACUUUUACUUUCUCCCCUUUUUCUUCUUUUACUUCUUGACGCUGUCGGCCGAUACAUAAUGCUAGCGUUGGGAUGCGGGGGUAAUGAGUACAUGACAUGCGGCAGUCGCAUUGGUUGGUGGUGCGGGGGGUAAAUGGAUGCAUGGACAGAUGCAUGAACGGAUGGGUAAAUGGGUGCAUGGGGGUGAAUAGCGGGUGUGCGCGUUUCAACCCCUUUUCCUCUUACUCUUCUUCUCUUUCUUCUUCUUCUUCUUCUUCUGAGUCUGCUUCUGGGUCUACGUAUCAUGUACACACUGAUGAUGACGAUUCGACGCUCCAUGCCGUGCCGCGUUGCACGGUGGGUGAUAGUAACGAUUAUUUAAUUUUGGGCUGGCGGUGC